UUCAACUGAUCAUUGAAAAAUCACAGAACCUCUGCACUGGCUUAAGAUGAAGACAACACUCGCUGUGCUCCUAAUCAUGGAGCUCUACGGACUCUCCUCCGGUCUCAAACAACAUUUCUUUAUAAAAGAGAAAAUGACAUGGGAUUCUGCAAGUAAGUACUGCAAAACUUACUUUCAUGACCUUUCCACCUUCACCAAUGAGAAUGAGCAAAAGCAGUUUUUGGAAGAUGUAACUGAUCAAACGUCUGCUGCCUGGAUUGGACUGUACACAGAAUCAGGAGUCUGGAAGUGGUCAGGAGGAGAAAAUGCAACACAAAUUAGCUGGGAUAUUAGUAAUAAAAAGCCAAAAGAUGAUGGCUGUGCUUUUGUAAACAAAGGGAACAAGAAACUGCAUAUCAUAGAUUGCAAUACUGAACAUUCCUUCUUCUGCAUGAACAUAUCAGAAUUUGUUCUGGUGCUUCAGAAUGAGACCUGGGAAGGAGCUCUAGAAUACUGCCGAAAACAAUACAAUGAUCUGUCAAGUCUGAGCACAAUGGAAAGACUGGCUUCUGCUUUACUGGAAAUCACACAGGCUGAAACAGAAUAUGUGUGGACUGGUCUGCGUUUUCUAGCAGGGGAGUGGUUCUGGGUCAAUGGAGAUGAUCUUGACUACACAGACUGGUGUCAGAAUGAACAGCUCCAGUGUCCUGCAAUAGACCUUCGUUGUGGAGCCCUGGACAUCAACACAAGAGAUUGGACACACAUAAACUGUGAGGAGAAGCUCAACUUCUUUUGUUCAGUACAGGCAAUAGAUGGCAUGCCACCUGAACGCCUCAAAAGCAUAACUUCCAAAAAAUCGGGCAAUUAACAUGGGCAGUUUUAACAUUUGGGAUCUUUAUGUAGUGCUUGUAACCCUUUCCUUUCAAGGUAGAUAA